AUGAGCAGCAUCCAGAAGCAAAACCAAUUCAAAAGAAUGAAUACGGUAUCUAUGAGAAAUAUAAAGACGGUUAAAGAACGAAUGCAGCAAAGGAAGAAAAUUGAAUCGGAGGCGGAAGAUGCAUUUAAUAAUGGAAUAGCCAAUUUGUGUGAAUUCGAAACAGAUAUCGGUAAUAUGAUGAAAAGAAUGGCCAGUCCAGUUAUCCAGAAAUUUGAAGAAUUAAAAUUGAUUCGGAAGAAAAGUAGCAAAGACACAAAAAUGCUGAAAAUAGAAAUGGCAAAAUUGUAA